AUGAACUGCAUCAUCUCGAGCUCUGACACGGACAUUAAGCUGACUCCAAAUUUCAAACAUCCUUUCUCAUUUCGUUUCACGCUUUGGGUUUAUACGGGAAUUUAUAAUACCUCCAAGUUACGUCUGCUGGCCAGAGUUAGGGAAACGUGUAAGCGCAUGCCAUCCCUACUUAGGCCUGACAGGAAAGCAGACGUGAGACGAAAGCUGGUCGAUCAGUUUGGAUUGUGGCUUGCUGGAAUCCUCUGUCGAGUGCCUUCUUUUGGUGCUGUGGACUCGACGCGUGUGAAGGGUGCUAGUGGUGGUGAUGAAAGUGUGCGACUUUUAUUCAAAUAUCCGUCAGGAGGCGUGAAGCGACGUCACUCCUGGAGCAGCGACUCCGACUUCCAGCUACCAGAGAGGCUGCUGGACGUCGAGGAACAAGAGCCACCUAGCACCUGCUACAGCCAGGAGUUGGAUGGAGUCUGGUUGGCUGCUCCCGACUUGGUGGGCCCAUGCCGCAACCUGGACGCUGCUGCUGACCUAAGUGGUAGCGCAGGAGAGGACGAAGUAGAGGAGGAGGAGGAGGAGCAGGACAUGGGUCAGAGGUCAUCCUCAAUCCUGGCGGCGCGAACUCGUCCCAAAAUCUCUCUUACUUGGGUGUUAAGAGGUGACCGACAGAACAGUUCUACCAUAACCACAGCCACCACCACCACCACCAGCACAACUGCUACGAUAGCGACAUCUCCUUCAGUUGCUGCCGAUGAACCGCUACCGUCUUCUGCGACAGUCGUGAACAGCACAGAGAAGCCAGCAGCCAAAUAUAACGCUAAAGCACAUAUAAAUAAUAUCAAUGCUAGAGCGAACAGUGGAAGCAACAGCAGCAAUAGAAGUGUGGGUGUGAUCGCAAAGAGGGCCUUAUCGGAACCGUCUUUGUUGCUAGCUAACAGUGAGAGUGGCAGGAGUGGGAAACAUCGACACCACCGCACUCGUACACCGAGACACAAGACUGGAAAAGAGAGAAGACAUUCUCGUUUUGGGUACGAGAUUCAGGAUGUGGAUGCGUUUCUAACGAAGGCGUCACUAGAGAAACCGGCGAACAUCCCAGUGGUCCUCGCAUUCCCGUGCGUCCUUUAUCAGACGCGCAUAGGUGGUUAUCAAGAGGAAGUUGCUCUGCCACUCGGAAUGGUUGUGAACGCAGUUUUCAAAAAUCAGGCAUGGCUGUACGUCCAGACUCCUCACGGGGAAGAGGGCUAUGUAAGCUACGUUGCAUGUCUUCCACUAGGAAUACUACCGCCACCCCAUCGAACUUCCAAACCACCACCAUGCUGGGAAACGCACACAGAUAUCUUCCCACAACCACUCGGAAACCGUACAGACAGUGAGAAAAUCCGAGACGGCACGAGAUCAGAGUGUGGAGGUCGUGGACGUUGCUAUAGCCACGUGGGAAGACGUGGACGCUAUGGCGGAGAAAGAGACGCUGUGUCAGCAUGUGGGGAACGAAGUGUGGACCGUCUUUACCUUAGAGCUGCAGCAAGUGCCAAGUGUAAAGGCACAACGAGACACACUCUUCUUGUGAUACGGUCGGAUUAUAACAGCAAGGGACGAAACACGCUCUCUGUAACAAAGGGAGAUGUAGUAGCACUUGUGAGUGGGCACCUCAAGGAUUGGUUCUGGGUGCGAAGUAGGGAUGGCAACGAGGGAUUUAUACCUUCAGUUGUUGCUGGACAUGGCUUCCUCUGACAACAAAACAAAUCACUGGUUCUUUGAGUAGUGCAACAAAUUUAACUUCCUCUUGAGAAGAAUGCUUUAGUUCAGUCAACAAAUAUCAAAGAAUACAGAGAUUUUUCCCUUCAGAAAUUUGACAGCAUUAACAUCUAACAUGGGAUGAGAACACCCUCAAACUUUUCAGCCAUACUCAUAGCAGGAAAUUAACCGUAACAUCGGUUAAAUUUUAACCUAAUGCUACCUGUAAUGGUUCCACAGAAGACGGGGGUCAUGACCUGAUUUAAAGUAACACACAAUUGAAAUACAGCUAUACAUACUUUUUAAAACAACAGUUGCAUGUACGCAUGAAGCUUGAAUAGUGGAAUGUAUAGAUGUUGCCAGUGCUAAGCAACGGCACACCAAAUACGUAUUCGCGGCAAUUGAAGACUUCACGUGUGCUAUAGUUACAGUGAGAUUUAGAGCAUGUAAAUCAGUGAGACUGUUAUAGUUUCCUGUGGUUACAAGUCAUAUGCAUUCAAUAAAUCCAGUUAUCAAUCCAAACCCUGUGUCUAGUCACUAACACAUGUCAGUAGGAUUAAUAUAAACCAAAGGCAUGAAUAAAAAGGUUGUACAUAUAUUAAAAGUGUGGUAUACUAUUUAGAAAACAUACACUGAGAAGCUAUCUCACACAUUUGAUAGUGGGAAAGAUGGAAAGAAUUAAUUUCAGCCCAAGGGCUGCAGUGACAUGAAAGAUAGUUACACACCGAGAUAUACUCGUGCAGCACUGCAAACUGAUUCAGUUGUUGAGAUGGCAGAGCAUUUUUGAAAAUGUUGUUUUUCCUAUUUCAAAAUAUUUUAAUAUCUUUUGUUCUAAAAAAGGAAACUAGUUAAUAUUUUUAGACACAAAUUUUGAGUCUGAUAUCACAUAACAUUAAACUAUAUCUUCAUGCAGGCAAGUUCAUUAUAUCUCUUAUCUUUGCUUCUGAUUACUUUGCCUGUCCUAUUCAGUUUCCAUUCUGAGAGACCAACAUAGUAAGGAGUAUUCUGCAAUAAUUAAGAUUAACUUUAUUCAUUGACAAAUGUAAAAUUUUAAUUUUAAAUGAGGUCAUAUUCUAUUUCAGAUUCUUAAAUUACCUUCAGUCAAAUAAAGGGAAGUUGAGGAGGGGCGAGUAUGAUCAUUCACUGUUAUAUUCAUUCACUGUGAAAUGUAAGACUGAGCCAAAUCACUUGUUGCACAAGUGGCUUAACAUUGUAAGUAGACAUAGUGAAUGACAGAAGUUAUUAUUAACGGAUAUGUCAAUAAAUGGUGUAAAUAUGUAGUUAGUAUUUUCUUCUUUGAAACUGGUUUUAGGCACAUUUGCAAUCGAAUGGAUAGCCUAUGAAAUUUACCCAGUCAGUAGAGUUUGUUCAGAUCUGGGGGACAUGACAGCCAUUGCCCUCUACUGACUAUCAUUAAUGAAAACAGUUUGUAGUUCCAACACUGCGAACUACUGU